AUGUCGCAGAACAAAUCUCACUCCUCAACAGAAUAUGUUAAGCUCACAAGCUCAGACGGAUUCGAAUUUUAUAUUGAAAGAAAUGCCGCGUUGAUUUCUGGUACUAUAAAGAACAUGUUAUCAAGUCCUGUUCAUUUUCGAGAUAUUACGGCCGUGAUCUUGGAGAAAGUGUGCCAAUAUUUGUAUUAUAAAUCUCGAUAUACCGCAUCUCAGACCGACAUACCGGCAUUUCCAAUCGAACCAAAUCUAGCCUUAGAAUUACUUAUGGUAGCCGAUUUUCUGGAUUGUUAA